CCCCAAUAUCAAAUGCGGUAGCUUUGGAUGUUGACAGAGAUACGGGAAACAUUUUUUGGUCUGACACUAUCGAAAAUGUCAUAAUGAGUUCAAGCCCCGAUGGUCUGCACGUUCAUAAAGUGGUUGGAGACAGCUUGGAUAAUCCUGAUGGCUUGGUGGUUGAUUCGAUUGGUCGUACAAUUUAUUGGGCCGAUGCAGGACGCCACACAAUCGAGGUGGCAAGUGUUGACGGCAGUAACCGUCAUAUUAUAGCCUACAAAGAUCUCGAGUCUCCACGGGGUCUUGCUCUUGAUUAUGAAGCGGGUCUAUUAUUUUGGACUGAUUGGGGACAUUACCGAAAGAUCGAGCGAUCUCAUUUAGAUGGUAAUGAACGAUCACGAAUUGUUACUGCCAACCUCGGAUGGCCAAAUGGCCUAUCACUUGAUUUAAAAAGCAAGCGCGUUUACUGGGUGGAUGCGCGUCUAAAGACUAUUGACUCCUGUGACUACACAGGGAACCAGCGCAAGUUAAUUAUGUCCUCCUUACACCAUCCUUAUGCCUUAGCUCUCACUGAAGAACAUAUUUAUUGGACAGACUGGAAGUCAAAGGCUUUACACAUGACUGAAAGGCGAAACAUAACCGCAAAGCAUGAUGUAAUGAAUAACAUUGAUGGACUUAUGGAUAUUAAAGUAAUUUAUCAGCGUCAAUCUAUGACGAAAAACGUGUGUGGUCGAAAUAAUGGUGGAUGCUCUCACCUCUGUUUACGUAAUCCAUCAAGUUACACUUGCCAAUGCCCCAUUGGACUGCGGUUGCAAGAAAACAGUACAACACAAUGUCAGAGUCUUCCCGAAGACUACCUCCUCAUAGCCUUGCGUUCUGGAAUUGGAAUGAUUUCAUUAAACACUGGAGACUACAUGGAUGUGGUGUUGCCUAUAAAUGGAGUUCAUGGAGCUGUUGUCCUUGAUUACCAUUACCGGAAAAAUUUUCUUUUUUUUGCCGAUGUGAAUUUGGAUGUGAUACGGAGAGUUAAUCUGUUGAACUUUACUGAUAGCAAAGUUAUAGUGAGCACAGAAGUUCUAACACCCAAUGGUAUAGCUGUCGACUGGAUUGCUGAAAAUCUAUACUGGUCCGAUACUGAUCGUAAGUUGAUCGAAGUUGCACGGAUUGAUGGCAGCUGCCGUAAAAGACUAAUCGAAGAAGACCUUGGUGACCCGCGGUCACUUAUAGUCCAUCCGAAAAAAGCAUUUCUGUUUUGGACAGAUUGGAGCUCACCUGCGAAAAUCGAACGAAGCUUCUUAGAUGGUACCAACCGUACGGUAAUUGUAACUUCCGGAAUUGGCUUUCCAACAGGCCUUACUAUUGAUUUCGAAAACCGGCGUCUGCUAUGGGCUGACGCGUUGGAAGACAACAUUGGCCAAGUUGACUUUAAUGGCAAGCGCCGUCAGACUAUUAUACAGUAUGCACCGCACCCAUUUGGUUUAACCAUGUUUGACAACAAUUUAUUUUGGACUGAUUGGUACAAUAAGUCGGUGUACCGUUCACAGAGUGUACCAAGAAGCGGAUACGUUAAAGUGCGUGAUGCUCUAAGUGGUGCAUUGGACAUACGCGCCGUCUCUUUGCACCGCCAGGCUAAAAGCUGGAAUCACUGUGCUCAGGAAAAUGGUGGUUGUUCGGUUCUGUGUUUAUAUCGUGCAGUUGAUUAUGUGUGCGCCUGCCCCGACCGAUCCGAUCCAAAUGAGCCUGUAUGUUCCACGAGGCCAAAGGUGUUGGUUCAUGCCCGCUUGGAUAACGAUCAACACGCUGAAUACUCCGAUGAACUCACAGAGGAUUCUGCGCCGCCAAAACAGUUUGGUGACUUAAAUACCGAAGAUCAACAAGAGAAAAAUCGCAAAAUUGAUAAUGAGCGGGAGUUCUUUGUUCUCGUCGCGCUAGGUGUGGUCAUUAUCAUGGUUGUUAUAAUAAUGCUUGUCAUUUUCAUGCUUGCAUUUAAUACAAAUCGAAAAAAACAGAAGCGUAACACUCGCGGUUCCAGUAGAUCUGUACUAACCUUUUCAAAUCCGAAUUACAACGUCGAUGGUACACCCAUGGAACCAAAAACGAAUAUUUGGAAGCGAUUUAAAUACGAUAAAUCGAUUCAGGAACGCGCCGGGACUUAUGAAGAACGAAGUUUGACGACAGAAACUGCAUCCUCCAGCCUCUUCGUUCCGACACCAUCACCGAUGGCAUCACCGUCAACCAAAACAAUCCAACUGACAACGCUCUCGACUAUCACAUAAACUGCGAAAAACACGAACGGCUUUAUAUAAGCAAGUCACAUGACAUAUUUACCAAAAACAACUCUCUUAUAACCAUAAUAUUCUGUAAAAAUUAUGAUAAAUAUGAAUGAUAAGCUGCUUACCUCGAAACAGCUUUCUCGAUCUCUUUGGACUAUUUUUGGCUUUACUUGAAUUAAAAGUAAAAUCUAUUUCUUAGAA